AUGCCGUAUCAAGAAUUGUAUGAAUCUAAUAAAGAUUAUGAGAAUGAGAAUGACGAUAUAAAUUACGAUGAGAUAGCUAAUAGUAUGCUUGGAAAAAUGGAUAAGCAUAUGUAUGAAGAAUCGUCUGUUUUUCCAGAUUACUCAGAAAAUAUAGAUAAAAACACAAGUACCAACUUGAAUGAAGAAACAAAUGCAACAAAUAAAUCAACUCUAUUAAGAAAUGAAAAAUUUUCUAAUCAAGAAAACGGAAUAGAUAAACAUACACUACAUGCUACAUUAUACCCACGUAGAGUAAUGACACCACUAGGUCCACUACCUUUACCAGAAGAAUUUAAAAGAAAUAUACCAGAAAAAUUUGUUGCAAAACCCAUUAUUGAGGAAAGGGAGAUAUAUGUAUCAAAAAAGGAAAGAAAACAAAGAGAAAUAGAAGUUCCACAUGUGAAAUAUGAACAUACAUUUGAAAAAAUCAAAAAACAAUUAAAAGUUAGCAAAUUAGUACCAAGCGUUUCACAAGUUAUAAAAGAAGUACCAAAAGAAGUAUUAAAACCAGUAAUUGAAGAGAAAAUAAUUGAAGUACCUCAAGGAGUAAAAUAUGUAGAAGUUCCAGUAGAAGUACCAUGUUUAUACCCACCAAAAAUAAUACCUAAAGUAGUAACACAAUAUGUAGAGAGAAUAGUAGAAACUAUAAAACCAGUAGUACAAGAAAAAAUUAUUGAAGUACCACAAACGGUUAUAAAACAAGUACCAAAAAUUAAAACAGUAGAAGUACCUUAUUAUGUACCAAGAUAUGUAGAAAAAAUAGUUGAAGUACCUUUUAAACCAAAUGGAGAAAUGCCUCAGUUAGGUACACAUAGUCCAUUUUCUAUUUCUGAAUCUUUACCUCCAUUAAAGCCAACACAUUUUCUAAAUAAUCACCAAAAUCCUUAUGACCAAUUCAAUAUGCAUCAUUCAAUGUAUCCUCAAAUGAAUGAUUAUAACAAAUCUUUUGAACAAAAUAUAAUGAAUAGCACUUCACCUAUUAUACCUAAUUUAAGUAUGCCACCAACUAUUUUAAAAUCUAUGAACUCUAAAGAAUCCUUUAGUAAUACUCCUAUAAAUUUCCCUAUGAAUUCGAGCUCCAUCUUAAAUUCCAAUGGAGAUUGUAUUAAUCAAGAAAAUUUAUAUAGUCAAAUAGAAAAUUUGCCUUAUAAACAUAAAUUACCAGAAGGGUUACAAUGGCAAUAUUCAGAUGGAGUAAUGAACAAACCUUUAAUGAAUAACCGAAAUAUGCCUCCAUUAGUUGUUACUUGCCCACCGGAAAUUGGAAGAGUUACUUGUGCUCGUAAAGAUAUUCAACCAGACAUUUUGACUAAAACAGGUGUUUAUGAAUUUGAUGGUUUUAAAAAAAAAGGAACUUCUCAAUCCCUUUUUCCUCCCUUAGCUCAUCAUAGUCGAGUUCCUUUCUUACCUCCACCUGCAGCACCAGGUACUCCUGAUGUCAGAACUAUUGAAAAUAAUCGUUAUUAA